AACUCCUUCACUGGCUCUGUUUACAGUAUAGCAGCAGAGUGAGUUACUGCGUCUUCUCCGAGAAGCCAAAACCCCCAAAAAUAAUCAGAAAAAAAGCAGAAAUCUUUGGUUGAAAUCUGAGCUCGAGUAGAAUUACAGUAUAAGAUUCAAUCGAUUGCCUUCUUCUCCAAGCCACCAUCUUUUUUUGUGGAUGCUUAAUGUUUCCCACCAUUAAAGUUAUCACCGCUCUGUGAUUUCCCCUUGCCCACGAGAAAUCUGUAGCUUCUCUCACGGAAAAGCGCUUUUCUUCCCCACCAGAAGCACUUUCUUCCUCCCCCCUAUAAAACCCAUACCGCCAAACCCAUUUCUUUCACUCACAGAGUGUCGGAGCUUGCUUCCAAUGGCGGAAAAGCAGAGGAGUAAUGGGUUUGUGUGCAUUGUGUUCUUCCUCUGUUUGAUUCAGUGGAAUCCCAUUCCCAUUCCUGUCGCCGUCGCCAUUCUCGAACCGGUUGAUUUCCUGGCUCUGCAAUCGAUUCGGAAGUCGCUGGAAGACAUGCCGGGAUCAAAUUACUUCUCUUCCUGGGACUUCACCUCCGACCCCUGCAACUUCGCCGGCGUCUACUGCGACUCCGACAAGGUUAUUUCCCUCAAUCUCGGCGACCCAAGAGCCGAUGCGCCGGGUCUGACGGGUCGGCUCGACCCGGCAAUCGGCAGGCUUUCCGCACUCGCCGAGCUAUCAAUCGUUCCGGGUCGGAUCUUCGGCGCUCUGCCCCAGUCAAUCUCCCAGCUGAAGAGCCUCCGGUUCCUCGCCGUCAGCCGCAACUUCAUCUCCGGUCAGAUUCCGGCGAGUCUGGGCCAGCUCAGCAACCUCAGAACGCUCGACCUCAGCUACAACCUCUUCGCCGGAGCAAUCCCCACCUCCCUCGCAUCCCUCCCGGAGCUUUCCAACCUCAUACUCUGCCACAACCGCCUCUCCGGUUCUGUCCCUCCGUUCACCUCCCAAACCCUGACCCGGCUCGACUUAAAGCACAACGACCUCUCCGGUUCGCUCGCCCCCGACUCCCUCCCUCCAUCUCUCCAAUACCUCUCUCUCUCCUGGAACCGGCUCUCCGGUCCGGUCGACCGACUUCUGAACCGGCUCGACCAGCUCAACUACCUCGACCUAAGCAUGAACCAGUUCACGGGUACGAUUCCGGGUCGGAUCUUCACAUUCCCAAUCACAAACCUCCAACUGCAGAGAAACUCGUUUUCGGGUCAGAUCCUACCGGAUAAUCAAGUUUCAAUCGCUACCAUUGAUCUCAGCUACAAUCGGCUAUCCGGUGAAAUCUCGCCGUUGUUCUCGACCGUACAGAGCCUCUACUUGAACAACAACCGGUUCACGGGUCAGGUUCCGGGUAGCUUCGUGGACCGGCUAUUGGCGGCGAACAUACAGAUACUGUAUUUACAGCACAACUUUCUGACGGGGAUUCAGAUCAAUCCGACCGCUGAGAUACCGGUGAGCAGCUCGCUGUGUCUGCAGUAUAAUUGCAUGGUCCCGCCCAUACAGACGCCGUGCCCGCUCAAGGCUGGGAACCAGAAGACUCGGCCGACGGCGCAGUGUAACGAGUGGAGGGGUUAAAUUGGGAAAUUCGUAUGGCGUUUAUUUUUUAUUUUAUUUUUAAAGGAGAGUUAAUAUUUUGUUACGUUUUGUGGGUUGGGGGUUAUUUUAAGAUUCAUUUAUUUAUUUUGGGGUGAAGUAUGAAUAAUGAAAAGAUUGUGGAUAGUCAGAGAUAGUGUAACCAUGUAGGGAAAUUCAUGCUCUACUAUUUUGUUAUUAUAAAUAUGAAGAAUUUUUUGACAUAAA